AUGGAGCAGCUCGCCGUAUGGGAGAAUCAGAGACGCCUGAAAGAGAAGAAGGAGCGGGAGAAAGAGGAGGAAGAGCUAUCUAAGAGACGGGCAGUGUUCGCCAAGGUUCGAGAGCUUGAACGCCAGGUUGCCAAGGUUGAGGACUGGGGUGACGAUGACGACUUCAUCGUUGACGACGACGCUGCUUUCCGAAGUAACGCCACCUCUGCAAAUCUACACCCCCGCCACCGUGACAGCCUUUCUUCGUUCCGAUCUGACCGCGAGUCCCUGCCUGGAAACGAAGAGCGACAUGUGCAUCUACCUGGCGAUGACGAGAAGUCGACCUUGGACGCGAUUGCCGCAGUCGCCCAUGCGGGCAUCCCUAUACCCAUGAAUGUACCACCUACCGCUUUAGUGGGAGGCACCAUUAAGCGACUAGGAGGAAGAAAGAUGAAGAAGAUAUUCCAAGAAGACUAUGGUGAUGACCUAGAAUUCCCCCUUGCUGGUCCGCUUCGGUUGAAGCCGCAAGACGGCAAGCAUUACCCCGAGUCUCUGAGACACGUUAGUGGAUCGUUUGAUCCUAGCCCGAAGAAAUUAGCGGCUCCUGCCAUUAUCCAGGAGUUGCUUCGCGAGCCAGUCUUGCCGAAGAGUCUAGCGGCGCCUAUUAACCUAGAUAAAUUCCGGGAUGACGACGAUGACGACGAUGUCUUUGGCGAUGGAUCCGCGACUAUCAAAGCUCCCAAGUUACGACCUCAGUCUAGACCUGUUUCUCUUAUUACUCCCCCUACACCCUCGCCCCAGAAGAAGCAAGCCGACGACGACUUGGAUGGUGAUCUAGAAUUGCCAUCGGAUGGCCUACUAAAACUCGCUCGAAGGAUAGACAUCCCCAAAACACCCGCAAUGAGUGUGAGCGAUGAUUUGGAUUGGGGAGAGGGUAGCUUGGGAACCCGAUUUGGUGGCACAAAGCGUGAUACGUUCUCAACUCGCAGCUCAUCCGUCUCUGGUCUUAGCCCUAGUCUGGCUAGUUCUGUCACGGCUGAGAGUGAAGAUGAAAUCUUUGAUGGUCUACUAAUCCCUAUGGGUCCCUUGGAUCUCGGCGGGCGACUGAAACGACGAAAGCAAGAUCCAUCUCCAGAGAGGUUUCCCGAAAAGCCUGAGCCUGUAAUGGAAAAGCGAGAGUUGCCACCUAAGAAUGCGAUCAAGCCUGACGUAGAUAACGAAGAUCCCUUGGACGGCCUUGAUUUUGGUGACGAUGAUGUGUUCCGUUCCAACAAGACAACGCUACAUCGCAACGUUAAGGUGAAGGAAACUCGGCCUACCAGUCCUGUGCGACCGAAGACGGCAGUUUCAGUGACCUUUACUAAUAAGCCGGUCACAUCAACACCUGCGUCCCGUUUACCUCGACCUAUGGGCAAUCAUGAGCGUACGCAGACCCAGCCUUCGCUAGAGCCAGUGUCAGAGAGCGGUGGUCCUAUACCCCCACGACCAUCUCGAAGACCUCAAUCGCGGCUCGGCCACUCUGCACAAUCUUCCAUCUCAAGCGUUCAUACGCCUACCACACCUUCAUCUGCUUCGUCAGGACAAUUUGCCACUCCACGCAGAAGAGACCUUAACCAGAAGGCGUCAACCGGAGCAUUGCGUAAUGAGCCUACUACAACCAGUGCACAGUUGCUUCGAUUGAAGCGCUCUCUCCCAGCUAUGCGUCACGCUCCGGGAGCAACGAAGCCUGCUGCCUCGCGGUUCGAUCGGCCGCCUUCUCGCACCGAUUCGCGGGUUGAAUCCGGCAGACCCCAGUCUAUCCUACGACCUAAAACUCCAGUUGACCGUCGUACCAGCUAUGAGUCCAGUGCAGCACAGGCGAGAAAGAACCCUUUCUUACCUGCCGGUGCUUCUCAAUCUCAAUCUCAGCAUGUGAGCACCAAGGGCACACAGACUACGCGGCCGUUCAGACGCCACGAUUCUGAUCAAGGUCCGGAAAUCCGACCUUUGUCACGCACCGUCUCUCGUACUGCGAUAAGAUCUCCAAGCCCGAGAAGGGCACGUAACGAGAAAGUAAGUACCGAGCCCAUCUGGCAGCAAAUUAACAAGCCUCGCCGCGUACGACGCUUCGGUGACGGUCAUGAGCUUGAUUCAUUUGACGACCUUCCAACUUCUGCCCAAGCCGAGUCCAAGUACGUGAAACAACCUAUCGGAAGCGGAAAUAGAACAAAUGUUCGCAAUAAGCUAUACCAGAAUGUGCUACCCGACCGUGGCACGCCGAGCCCUGUCUCACCUUUCUCUCCCGCGAACACCGAUUCUCAGCCUCAUUUCGCACGAGACACAGCCGCCAGCCGCAUCGCUAGAGAGACGAAUCUCGCACAGCGAACACCUUCUGGGCCUCUCGCGCCUAUUGCCAACCAACGAGUUGCGCAGUUGUCGGCCAGAGUGAACUUUGCGCCUCAUAGCCAUAACGCUUCCAGAUCCAGGAAGUCUCAGAGAAUUCCACAGCAGAAACCUCACUUGAUCUCCAACUUGAACUCGGCAAAGGAGACCAAAGUUGUCAACGGCAUGACUUACAACCCGACAACUUUCCGCUGGGAAGGUAACGACACCGCUCUCAAUGCGUUCGAUGUCCCCGCUUCGUCGCCGUCAGCGGCUUCCUUGCCUCAUGCGACUCGCGACAGAGAAGGCUCGGCAUCGAGACCAGUGCUCAUUACCAACAUGACCGCCACUAAGGGUGUUAAGCGGGUUGGUGACAUGAUCUUCGAUCCGCAGAACAUGCGCUGGGUAAAGGCAGACGAGACCCCUUCUGUGUCUAACGACUCUACCAGCGCCAUGGACGAGGAUGAUCCUUUCAAGGACAUUCCCGAUCUUGAGGAGAAAGACAAGAAUUCUACCACAGGUGGUCAGGGUCGUGGAAGCGACGAUGACUGGCUGGUAGGUGAAGAGUUCGAUGUUGGUCCUGAAUUCAUUAAGCGUCAGUUUGAUGAGGAGGGGCGAUGGCGUAGAAAGCUAGCACCCUUCCAGAAGGACGACAGUCACCAGAACCCGACUGAAACCCAAGAAGCAUCCCGAGAUGCGAGCCGAGAGGCGAGACGAUGGGCACUUAGAAACAUCAUCGUGAAAUGA